CAGUCUCUCAAGCGAAUCACAAGGCAAGCUAUUUGGCUUGAAGGUCCGUCUCUAAGACAACCUUAUAUAAACAAAGAUGACCUCACCCUGCGAAAGGGAAAGUGUGGCAAGACCAUUAAGAAGACUAUGAGCGCGUAACGAAGUCAUAAUUGAGCUGCAAAACCAAAGCGAUAUUAACAAUGCCACCGAAAGCUCGAAAAUCAAAGUCUCACAGUGCCGGACAAGCGAAAAAGGGAAAAAGAAAAGGGUCCACAAAAAAGAGGUCAGCAAGUGCCAAAUCUGUCCAAAAAGAGGUGGACAUUCUCAGCCCGGCUGCCAUGGAGAAUGCGUACUACAUUUCCCACAAUGCAAUGGAUUGCUUGGAAUUCAGAGGCUUCGGUUGGCCCGGGGCGACAAAGAAAGGAAAGAAGGGGACAAAAAAGAAAAAGAAAAAAUGAGUGUUAUGAGU